AUGAAAAUCAAGCUGACAACUUAUGAGAUUAAAAUCAGCAAGACCUUUCCAAAAGUAUCCAAGCUGUUUCGCCCCACACCGAAGCAUGAGCGCACCUUUUUCCUGAAUCUCCUGGAUCUUCCGAGCGAGAUUCGUCUGCUCAUAUACCGUUUUGCCUUCGCUACUCCAUGCGAUCCUAUCCUCGUUACCGUUCACCGUUACAGACGUGCGAGUCGUCCACAGAUAAAUAGCGAUGACCCAAACGAAAGACCCGCUCCGGAGCUCAGAUACACUCGUACACCACCCGUGUCUCUACCAGUAGCCUUGCUUCAGACAAACCGACAGAUAUACUGCGAAGCCCUUCCAGUUUUAUAUGCGAAUAUUAUAUUCGCAACCUCCUUGAACCCCACUUUGUUGAUGCAUAUGAAAGAUCGCUUGUCGGUGUUUGCAAGAAACAAUAUUCAACAAGUUCAGCUGAGCCCCACCCCUCUGCUCUCCGAAUCAAUUACACAAGAACGAGAGUUGCUAUCGUGGACCGUCCUUUGUGCAGACGUUGCGGAUAUGCCGGGCCUUCGGCAAGUCUAUAUUUCAUACCCCGAGCCGGGUAUAUUGAGAAAUGGUACUGUAAAGUUCCAUCGAAGUCGUUAUGCAAAGUGGUUGGGCCAAGUUCGGGCCAAAAAGACUCUUGUUUUUGAUACAAGUGAGGUUAGUGCGGAAGAGAUGGACGAGUGCUGUGAGCGGUUGAGAGAGAUCAUACAAGAUACCAGCAAUACUUCGGGGGACUGA